GGAGGUGUUGUGGUGCGAUACUACUAUCUGCAGGCUAUGCCUAUACCUCUUCUAUUCUUCUUCAUACUUGGUUUGGACGAAUAGAGUUUUGAUAUUUAGUUUCCAUUGCUAAAAGAAAUAGAAAGAAAGAAAGCAAUGGCUCAGUUGGCAGGAACAGAUGAAAUAGAAUCUCUGCGUUUUGAGUUAGCGGAGAUUGGAAGGAGUUUAAGAUCCUCCUUCAGAAGCCAUCUCAAUGCUUCCAGCUUCCGGAGCAACUCAACUGUGAAUGUCAAUGAAGAGUAUGAUUUAGAAUGGGCUGCCAUACAGAGAUUGCCCACUUCUGAUAGGAACACUUCGGCAUUGUUCGAUGUCUGUGAUGAUAAUGGUACAAAUGAAAAUGAUCAAGAUAGAGGAGGCGGCAAGGGGAAACGUGUCACUAAUGUCACUAAGCUAGGAGCUCAAGAACGACAUAUUUUCAUUGAGAAGCUUAUCAAACACAUUGAAAACGACAACCUUAGAUUGUUGCAGAAGCUUAGAAGGAGGAUUGACAGAGUUGGUGUGAAGUUGCCCACCAUAGAGGUGAGAUAUAAGAAUCUGUGUGUUGAAGCCGAGUGCAAAAUAGUCCAUGGAAAGCCUCUUCCAACCCUAUGGAAUACAGUAAAAAACACUAUAAUGGACAUUACCAGAUUGUCAACUUUAGGAACACAGGAAGCAAAAAUCAGCAUAAUUAACGAUGUUAGUGGGAUUAUUAAGCCUGGAAGGAUGACUUUGUUGCUUGGACCUCCAGGAUGUGGCAAAACCACGCUGUUGAUGGCCCUUUCAAGAAAGCUAACUCAGUCUCUCAAGGUUUCGGGGGACAUAUCUUACAAUGGUUAUAAACUAGAGGAAUUCAUUCCUCAGAAGACCUCAGUUUAUGUCAGCCAAAAUGACCUGCAUAUUCCAGAGAUGACUGUAAGGGAAACACUUGAUUUCUCAGCGCAUUGUCAGGGUGUGGGAAGCCGAGCUGAAAUAAUGAUGGAAGUCAGCAGGAGGGAGAAGGAAGAAGGGAUUGUCCCAGAUCCUGAUGUAGAUGCUUACAUGAAGGCAGUAUCAGUGGAAGGAGUGAAAAGAAACCUUCAAACGGAUUACAUUCUAAAGAUCCUUGGUCUUGACAUAUGUUCUGACACAAUGGUGGGAGAUCCCAUAAGAAGAGGAAUAUCUGGUGGUCAAAAGAAAAGACUAACAACCGGGGAGAUGAUUGUGGGACCUUCAAAAGCUCUAUUCAUGGAUGAGAUAUCUAAUGGUUUAGACAGUUCCACCACUUUCCAGAUUAUUUCGUGUAUUCAGCAUUUUGUGCAUCUCACAGAAGCCACUGCACUGAUCUCUCUUCUUCAGCCUGCUCCAGAGACAUUUGAUCUCUUUGAUGAUGUUGUGUUAAUGACAGAAGGCAAAAUUGUGUAUCAUGGUCCUCGUACUAACAUCCUUAAAUUCUUUGAGGACUGCGGAUUUAAGUGCCCACAAAGGAAAGGUGCUGCAGAUUUCCUGCAGGAGGUAAUCUCUAGAAAAGACCAAGCACAGUAUUGGAACAGAACAGAACAGCCUUAUGGAUAUAUUUCUGUUGAUGAGUUCAUUAAGAAAUUCAAGGAUUGCUAUGUUGGAAAGAAGCUAAAUGAGGAGCUUUCAAAGCCAUAUAAUAAGUCUGAAGGCCAUAAGGAUGCUCUAUCCUUUCAAAAAUACUCAUUAUCCAAAUGGCAACUGUUAAAAGCUUGUGCAAGGAGAGAGUUUCUUCUAAUGAAAAGGAAUUCCUUUAUCUAUGUUUUCAAAUCAGUACAGCUAGUCAUAAUUGCCACAAUAGCAAUGACAGUUUUUCUUCGAACUCGAAUGGCAGUGGAUGUCAUCCAUGCUAAUUAUUACAUGGGUUCUUUGUUCUAUGGGCUUCUCAUUCUUCUUGUGGAUGGAUUUCCAGAACUGUCCUUGACUGUCUCAAGAAUUGUAGCUCUCAAUAAACAGAUAGAACUGUGUUUUUACCCUGCUUGGGCUUUUGCAAUCCCAACUGCCAUCCUUAAAGUCCCACUUUCACUUUUGGAAGCUUCUGUUUGGACUGCUCUCACAUACUACGUAAUUGGUUACAGUCCUGAAUUUGGAAGGUUCUUCUGCCAGUUUCUUCUACUAUUCUUUAUGCAUUUAACUUCAAUAUCUAUGUUUCGAUUUAUUGCUUCAAUCUUCCGAACUGCGGUUGCAUCAACAAUAGCCGGUAGUUUUACCAUAUUAUUUGUUUUAUUAUUUGGUGGCUUCAUCAUCCCAAAUUCCUCUAUGCCUGGCUGGUUGAAAUGGGGAUUUUGGAUUUCUCCUUUGACAUAUGGAGAAAUUGCCAUUAGUGUGAAUGAAUUCCUCGCCCCUCGAUGGGAAAAGGUGUCUGGAAAUACAACUUUGGGCCACCAAACACUAGAAAGCCGGGGGUUGAACUUCGAGAGUUAUUUUUAUUGGAUUUCAAUUGGUGCCUUAAUUGGUUUGACAGUACUAUUCAAUGUUGGUUUUACAUUGGCUUUGACGUUCAUGAAGCCACUAGGUAGAACUCGUGCUCUCAUUUCUUAUGAAAAGUACUUUCAACUUCAAGGAAAGAAAGAGAGCAAUGGUACAGACACAAAGAGUGAAUCCUCUAGUGCUUCUACAGCUAUGGUAGAACUCAAGAAGAAAGGAAGGAUGGUUUUACCUUUUGAGCCCUUGACAUUAACAUUUAAGGAAGUGCAUUAUUAUGUGGACACUCCACUGGAAAUGAGACAGCGGGGCUAUGAAGGCAAAAAACUGCAGCUCCUUUGUGAUGUUUCAGGUUCAUUUAGACCAGGUUUUCUAACAGCACUGAUGGGUGUCAGUGGAGCAGGGAAAACAACUCUUAUGGAUGUUCUUUGUGGAAGGAAAACAGGUGGCACAAUUGAAGGCGAAUUAAGGAUUGGUGGGUAUCCUAAAGUUCAUGACACAUUUGCUAGGAUAUCAGGUUACUGUGAGCAAAACGACAUACAUUCUCCAAACAUUACUGUGGAAGAAUCAGUGGCUUAUUCUGCUUGGUUACGGCUUCCGCCUCAGAUUGAUUCAAACACUAAAGCUGAAUUUGUGAAAGAAGUGUUUGAGACUAUAGAACUUGAUGUGAUUAAAGAUAGUUUGGUGGGCAUGCCGGGUGUUAGUGGCUUAUCAACUGAGCAAAGAAAACGACUAACUAUAGCGGUGGAACUUGUUGCCAAUCCUUCUAUCAUAUUUAUGGACGAACCAACUUCAGGACUUGAUGCCAGGGCAGCUGCUAUUGUUAUGAGAGCAGUAAAAAAUAUAGUCGAAACUGGAAGAACGGUUGUUUGUACCAUCCACCAGCCAAGUAUUGAUAUCUUUGAGGCAUUUGAUGAGUUAGUUCUCAUGAAAACUGGAGGACGCAUAAUAUAUUCUGGUCCACUAGGACAGCAUUCAAGGAGGGUUAUUGAGUACUUUGAGAGUAUUCCCGGGGUCCCUUCAAUUAAAGACAACUAUAAUCCGGCAACAUGGAUGUUAGAAGUUACGUCAAAAUCUGCUGAAGCUGAAAUUGGUGUAGAUUUUGCACAAAUAUAUCAAGGCUCCAUCUUGCAUGAACAGAACAAAGAAUUGGUCAAACAAUUGAGCUCACCAGCUCCUGGCUCAAAAGACUUGCAUUUUCCUACUCGUUUUCCACAAAAUGGUUGGGAGCAGUUCAAAGCAUGCUUGUGGAAGCAAAAUCUGUCCUAUUGGAGAAGUCCUUCAUACAACUUAAUGCGAAUUGUUUUCAUGUUUUUCUCAUCUAUUAUGUUUGGGAUAUUGUUCUGGAAGCAAGGAAAGACAAUAAAUAACCAGCAAGACCUCUUCAAUGUUGUUGGUAGCAUGUUCUGUGCAAUAACAUUCUUUGGCAUAAACAAUUGCUCAAUGGUUCUACCUGUUGUCUCAAUAGAGCGGAAUGUUCUUUAUCGGGAAAAAUUUGCAGGAAUGCAUUCCCCAUGGGCCUAUUCCUUUGCACAGGUGGUUAUUGAGGUUCCCUAUCUGUUUACUCAAGCAGUUAUAUAUGUAGCAAUCACAUACCCAAUGAUUGGUUAUUCCUGCUCUUUUUAUAAGAUAUUUUGGUCAUUCUAUAGCAUCUUCUGCUCGCUGCUAUCUUUCAAUUACCUUGGAAUGUUAGUGGUAUCAUUAACACCAAAUGUUCAGCUGGCUGCCAUUGUGGCUUCAUCUUCCUACACAAUGUUGAACUUUUUCACUGGUUUUAUUGUGCCAAAACCACAUAUUCCCAAGUGGUGGCUGUGGCUGUAUUACUUAUGCCCUUCAUCAUGGGCACUAAAUGGCAUGCUUACUUCACAGUAUGGAGAUUUAGAGAAAGAAAUCUCAGCAUUUGGAGAGAGUACAACAGUAUCUGCCUUCUUAGAAGAUUACUUUGGGUACCAACACAGCCUUUUAGGGGUUGUUGCUGUUGUACUUAUUUUGUUCCCCUUAAUAUUUGCUUCUCUUUUUGCUUACUUUAUUGGAAAGUUGAACUUUCAAAGAAGAUAAAGUUGCUAAAAGGCAUUCAUAUUAUACUGUUUUGUAAAUUAAAGCCAAUAUUGCUUGCUUAUCUAU